AUGCCCACCCGGACUCAAGAUGAUGAUGAUUCCUCAUCCGGAUCCACUAAAACUUCGAUUUCAGCUUCUGCCACUUCUGGUGGUGGCGUUACAGGAGAUUUGACAAGUCAAGGUAAGAAUUAUAUAGGUUCAAUGAGCUCUACUUCGUUUACGAUCAUGAUGAUCGUCCUAGUUGUUGGAGUGAUAGCCAUUCUCUUCCUUCUUUGGUGGUUCACCAUAGGUAAGAAUCGAAGACAGAAGAAGAGGGAUCUACAGCAGUUCUCGAUGCAGAAUGGUAGUACCAGUACGACGACGGCAGUUAAACCUGGUUCCAAUUCUGUAGUAUAG